AUUGACAUUCAGUGCCCAACCUUCUUAUUCAAUCGUUCCUCGUGGAAGUCUGCGGGUUUGUGUGAAGUAGUCCGUGCGCAUUUUAUUGUAAUAAAAACGACGAAAACUUUGACAAGAUGGCAAUGACUCUGGCAUAUUGGGAUAUUCGAGGGCUCGCGCAGCCCAUCCGUCUGCUGCUGGAGUACACCGAGACCAAAUAUGAAGAGAAAGUCUACGCGUGCGGUGAAGCUCCCAAUUAUGACAAGAGUUGCUGGUUCGAUGAGAAAUUCAAACUUGGGAUGGAUUUCCCCAAUUUGCCUUAUCUUGUGGAUGGAGACAGGAAGCUUGUCCAAAGCAAUGCCAUCAUGAGGUACAUCGCCAGGAAGCACAACCUCUGUGGGGAAAGCGAGGAUGAGAAGGUGCGUGUGGACCUCAUCGAGAACCAGUCCAUGGACUUCCGCAAUGGCUUUGUCAUGAUGUGCUACACAGACUUCGAGAAGAUGAAGCCUGGCUACCUGAAGAAGCUUCCUGACACCCUGAAGCAGUUCUCCGAGUUCCUGGGAGAGAGGAAGUGGUUCGCAGGGGACAAGAUCACCUUUGUGGACUUCAUCAUGUAUGAGCUCCUGGACCAGCACCGCAUGUUCGAGGCCAAAUGUCUGGACGACUUCAAGAACCUGAAAGCAUUCCUUGACCAUUUUGAGGCUCUUGACAAGAUCUCAGCGUACAUGAAGUCCAGCCGGUUCAUGAAGACUCCUGUAAACAACAAGAUGGCCAAGUGGGGAGGCAAGAAGGAGUGAACCCGUCCCGCACCUCCAAACCCCAUCCUGUCCUCUGAAGAGUGGACAUGUCCACUGAGGACAGUCAUGGCAGGAGAGGCUUAUAUGGCACCGACUAAAACACCCAUUUCCAAGGAUGAUGAAAAUUUCAAAAGAUUGAGAUUUGUCUGUCAAAGACAUGUUUUGUUUUUGCAAAAUGUAUUUUGCGUUCGAAUGUGUUAACUAAGGUCUUCAAAAGACAAGUAUUUUAUUUUUUCAGGUCAUACUCUGAUUUGUACCCUGUUUAAAAAAAGGAAAAAAUCAAGCACUUUGAUUUUGAUAUUUGAUCAUUUUUACUUCUAAACACAAUUGUAGUGGUGAAAAACAAUUGAGGCAUUUGGUACAUAAUAAAAGCAUAUGUGUUUUCA